ACCGAUUCCGUAUCAAAUGGUCGCGGGUGGGUUAUACCUUCCAAACAAUAAAUCGACGCAAGUUUUUAUGAGAUCUUGGCCAUUGGUUACUCAAACAGACGGCCACGAUCACAAGUUGGGCCUGCCACGUUAUAUUAAGCGACGGAUUAUACAUUCACCUCGACAGUCUACUCUGUGAGUAAACUGUCUCUAUCCCUUCCACACAAAGCCGCACUCGGGAGCGCUUCUUCUGUGAUGGGUAUAUGAUCAUGAAAUCAUGCUGAUGGAGGUGGCUCAAGAAGCUUUGGCAUGUGUUUUUGUUUAGUAACAAAAAUUAAAGAGGAAAUGAAGCGCAAGCGUGGAGCUGGAAAACGAAAAUCAAAGAAACCUUCUACUGGAGGGUCUGGCGAAGUCUUUGUAGAGCCUGGAUAUUAUUCUGACAGGAACGAAGAAAAUGAUGAACUUGUGUCUAGAACAGAGAUAGGAACAAGGGCAGUACACACCAAGCUGAGCGGUCUGCAUGCGGUUUUAGAUAAUCAGACAACAAAUAAUGAGACAGUUAGUGGUGCUGUUGCAAAGUUGGCUAGGGCUAUAUCUUCUUCACAUGUGAAUCCAAUAAACGAUAUAGUCUCACAACAGCGUGAGAGAGUCGGACAAAAGGAGCCAAAGUCUUCUCAUCAGGAGCCUGUAUACAACAAACAAGAACUAGAUGCUGCCCAUAAGGUGAUUAAGAAGAUUAUGAAAAUGGAAGCAGCUGCGCCCUUCAAUGCUCCAGUUGAUCCUAUUGCACUCGGGAUUCCCGAUUAUUUUGAUAUAAUUGAUACACCUAUGGAUUUCCGAACCAUCUGUAGUAAACUGGAAAGUGGUCUCAAGUACAGAAAUUCAGAGGAAGUGUUUAAGGAUGUGGAACUUAUUUGGGAUAAUUGUUGCAAGUAUAAUAAAAAAGGUUCCUUGAUACUGGAGCUCAUGAAACGGGUCAAGAUCAACUUCAAGAGGCAGUGGACUGCAGCUGGGUUGUACAGGGAACAAUCCACUGCCACUACUGGACAUCUGUGCCAUAAUCCGCAACCAUGUCAAGUUGCUGUGCAUAUGGAUCCUGGGGGUUCAACCAUCAGCAGUUCUGCCCCCUUGCAACAGCACAAUUGGACAGUCUUGAAACAAAGGCAAUAUCAGAAACUUUCAACUUGUGGCACCCACAAUUUUGAGCCCCAGGAGAUAUCCUACCACUGCCAGUGCUCAUUGAACUCUGGACAUCUACAACCUGGCCUGCACCAGCAUGACUUGGCUGCACCGCAAACCAGUUUUGCACAUUUGCACCCAGGGGACCUCAUGAAUGGCAAGUGCUGCAGCCAGAGGGUCAGUGAGGCAACUCCAAGUUUGUCGCACUCUUGUCAACCCCCACCUAGUUGCAGCCUUAUGGCCCGUCACCAGCAGAGAGGAUGCAUGCAUCAGUCAAGCUUAUGCCAAUUGCCACCCUCCCAAAUAGAAGGUGGCACAAAUUCUCAGAGUGCAGGGCAUUCGUGUUUACCUCAUAGAGAGCCUACAUCGAAUUUCACCAAAUGCGAUGCAUUCGGUUUGGGCCGGGAUGCUGAAGAUAGGUACCACCAACAACAGUGUCAGAUGGACUCAGCUCACAUGCAGGCUUAUGACCCUUCAGCUAGCUGCAUGCCUGUGCAUCAUCUCAAUCAGAGUACUUGUCAGCAGUUGCUAAGUUCUCAUGCUAAGGGCCCUAGAAACAGUGAUUGUAGAGGAAAUCUGCAAGUACCACCUCCAACAAUAUUAAAUGGUAACUGCACUAAGCAUACUACUGAAUGUCCACGGCCCCCUGUUACUGAUGACACUAGCUGCCGGGAGCUAAAUCAGAUAAACCCCAUUCCUGAGCAAUCAUCAUCUAUGAUUAACAUCAUGGCAUGCCAUCCGGUGGAAAAGACCUGCCAAAACCAACCAGAAUCAAGUCCAUCAGAACAUUUGCAUUCAACAGCAGCAGAUAAUAAUUUCUUCAAAAGGAUAACUCGAGGUCAGACGCAGAUACAGUGCCAAGAGCAAUCAUCAUCCAUGAUGAACAGCCAGAAACAUCAGCAUCAAGAAAAUACCUGCAAAAUCCCAACUAUAUCCCCCGAAUCACAGCCAUUAUCUCCCACUGCAGAUCACAAUAGAAAGUGGCAGAGGAAAUCUGGAGGUCAGGAACCCACUCAUGGCACGGCAUUUGGAGGAGAUCGCAUACCAAUCCCUACCAAUGCACAAGGGCAGCCAGUUGGCCCGCAUGCACAAAAGUUAGUUUCCUUCCUGGGUACCCUAGCACGGAAUGGGCACUUUCUACCCCUUACUUAUCUUGACUGGAGGCAUGUGCCCUCCGAGAAAAAGAAAAAUAUGUGGGAGAAAGUUCAGUUGAGGUUUGAUAUUGACCCUACAAGUAAGAAUUGGGUCCUGCAAUCCCUUGGUCGAAGAUGGAAGGAUUGGAAAUCCAAGUUGAAGACUGCACAUUACUACCCUCAUCAAACAGAUGAGGCGCGACUUGCUGAUUGUGAUGAGAGGAUCCUUCCAGAUCAGUGGGCAGCCCUUGUUAAACUAUGGAGUACUGAGUCAGCUCAGAAAAACAGUGCUACAAAUAGGGCCAAUCGUAUGAAGGCAAAGUAUAUCCAUGCAUCAGGCCGCAAGAGUUUUGCACGCAUACGUGAGGAGCAGCGAAAUAGGCCUGACGGGAAGGAACUAUCACGAGCAGAACUAUUCAUAUUGACACGCACACGCAAGGAUGGGAAGCCUGUGAAUGAAGCAUCUUCAGAAGUGAUUAAGAAACUCCAGUAUCGGGUAAAUGGCCAGGAUACCCCACAGGACAGCAAUAAGCAAGGAGACGUCUUAUCACAAAUCAUUGGUUCAGAUAAAAGAGGCCGUACCCGUUGUAUUGAGUUAGGCAUUGAAUUAGGCCCCUCCUACCCUCCUGACCUUGGAAGCCCAAAACCAGCUUGUUCGGAAUCCACCAGAAUGGUGUCAGAAUCAGAUGCUAAUGCUGAAAUACGAGACCUCAAAGAGAAAAUGGCAGUCAUGGAGAAAACUUGUACGCAGAUGGUCUCUCAGAUGGCAGCAUUAGUGUCAAUGGUGUCUUCCAUGCAUAAAAAUACACCUGAUAGGAAUGUCCCUGAUAUGGUUGCUAAUACUUCCAGUGCUUCCGACCACCCAGCGGCUCAGGCAGUAGACACCAGGCCAACUACACGUGGAGCCUCAAUGCGUCAGACACGUUGGAGCAAACGAAAAAUCUAGAAUACGGGCAACAUCCAUCAAGGCUGCGGCAGUUUGAACUAAACGUCAGAUCUUGUGGAUUGACUUUUGUUAUAGAACGUCAAGUUCACAUAUAUAUAUAUUUAUAAAUAUGCUUUGAACCAUGGUUGUAUUAGCACUCUAUAUAUUUUGGACUUUUGAGUCAAGUAUGCAUGCUAGUGCUAUUUCUAUAA